AUGGCCGUGCCCCCUGCCAACCAUGCUAGCUCAGGUAAAUCAUCGGCGAGGCAACUCAUGCGGCAGCGUAAAAUUUCUGUCAAGGCACCUCUCCCUAUAUACAACCAGAAUGAAUUCGCGGGCAAUGAUCUGGAGGUUGAGCCCUUAUUGCUAAGUCAUCUAGGCUCAAACCAACAGGCUCGAGAUUCUCCCGCUGUGGAGACCGGAGUCGACAAGAAUGAGGAGGAUGAGGUGCAUUUAAGGCAAGUCAUAAAUGCUGCUCAGCAAGCGCUCCAGGGCUCUGAUAAAGACAAAUCUAAUGCUGCAUCAUCUGUAUAUAUUCCAACUCCAGAUGCUUCCAGGCUUUGGCCAAUAGCCCAUAAGUACUACAAUGAUAGUGUUUUUGUGGAGCCAGAUUCUUACAUCAAAUUCAGUGCUACCGUGGAAGAUACACUAGGGAUUGAGUACAACAUGGAUGAGGUUGAUGAGGAGUUUUUCAAAAACACCCUUGUCAAGGAGUAUCCUAAGGAGAGUAAGAGCAAUACUAAUGGUGGCGAUGCUUCCGCAACUACCAACGGAGCAGCGUCUGACGACUCUCGCCCAUGCUCUGAACUUGAAUUCGAGGCAAUCUGUGACAAGUUCGAGAAGACUAUCGAGGCAAAACAACCUUUUUUGUCAAUGGACCCCUCUACAAUCUUGUCAUACAAGGAACUACAUCAUAUCAUUUUGCAGGAGCUAAAUUCUGCCUCCACUGCUGACCCAUAUGCUCAAUCUGGUGCUGACCCAAAGUACAUUUCAACGUCGAGCCUCAAAGAAAAGUUGUCAAAAGAACUUAAUUUCAAACCAUUUGUCACAACGUUCGAUAAAGAGCAAGAAUCGACAAACAAUAUUCGCUCAAUUUCUAAGCUACUAGAGUUGUUUGGUGAACCAGUGUACAAUCAUUGGAAAGCCAGAAAGAUUGAGAGAAAGGGUAUAUCAAUUGCGCCAUCUCUCAAGUUCGAAGACCCUAGUGCUACCGAGAAAGAUAACGACAAUGACCCCUACAUUUGCUUCCGUAGACGUGAGUUCAGACAAGCAAGAAAGACCCGUAGGGCUGAUAAUUUGGGCGCUGAGCGCAUCAGAUCAUUGCAUAGAUCGUUGAAACGGGCUCGCGAACUUGUGCUCAAUGUAUGUCAAAGAGAGUUGCUAAAACUACAAUCAUGGGAAUCUGAACAACAUAUCUUUAAACUUCGUUCUGAAGCUAAGAGUGUCAAGCGCUUGGUCGGUAUCAAGGGAGAUGAUCAUUUAUUCUAUCCACAUAAAAGAAAGAAGAUUGUUGUUGUGGAACCAGUUGAUGACGGUGAGACCGACUCUUAUCGUGUUAAAAGAGAGAAGAAGAGACCACAGGAGCCUUCUUCUUACAUCCCUGCUCAAUCCAAAGAACCCAGACUGUUUGCAACCCCACUGCAACCCGAGGCCUCUUCAACUCAGCCAUAUGUCAAAUUGCCUCCUUCAAAGAUUCCAGACUUGGAUUUGGUAAGUGUUUCUUCCAUUCUUCAGGAGAAGAACGAGGCACUCAAGCGGGCUGUUGCCGAAAAAUUGCGUAAACGAAAGGAACUUGAUAGAGGUUGGGUGAAUAUUUCUUAUGACCCACAUCAGCCUUUCUUUACCUUCGCGACAAACACCAGUAACAAAGACAUAGAGUUGAGCCACAUCCCCUACUCUUCGGUCGCUGCAAACUUCUUGCAUCAGUUUAAUACCUCAAAUGUCAUUAGCGAUCAAUUGAAGCGGGCUCUCGAAGAUACUAAAAGGCCAUUGCCAGGAACUAAAACUUUUAGUGGCUCCAAUGGUGAAAUGGUGAAUUCAAAGCCAUUUCCUCAACUUCAAACUCUUCUUUCUAAACAUUUGAACAAUCGCGAGAACGGUUCGCAGGGCUACAUUGCCCAGUUGUUGGCCAACAUUGAAAAUCAUGAUUUCUCCUCAUACACUAAUGGGUUCGGAGAUGUGAAAGAUUCAAGUGAUACUGAAGAAGUAUCCGGUCCCAUGUUUCGUCUCAGAAAGCGUGGUGGCAGGGCCAACCAAGUCUUCGUUGAUCGGAGAGGGCUCUUUCAACGACCUACUAAGGAAAUUGAUGAGUGGCUCAGCACGCCACCAGAUCUGGAGGACAAUAAGCCUGAUGAGACGGACGAAGCAAAGCCUUUGAAUAAAGAUGCCUAUCUGAAUAAAAAAGAUGCCAUGUCUCGUCUUGACUCGCAAUGGCGUUUCAGUGAUGACUUCCCAGAAUAUGAUGCUGGAAUUAUGCAGCCAUUUAGCUUGGAGCCAUCUCGCCUCAACUACAUCAGCGAUGACACUCAAUCUAUCCGUUUCGGAUCUAUGCUUCUCUCGAAAUCGUAUGAUUUGCUUCGCGAGAGCGCCCAUAGUCGUCUGUCAGCCAUUCAAGCACGUAUGAGAGCAUAUCAAAAUUCCCGCCAACUGCAACAAGACUCGAACGGCGCACGGCCGCAGCCUGGAGCCUCAGCAAACUCUCCCGCCUCUAGACCUCCUGCGUCUUAUUCUUCAGCUAACAUGUCCGCUGGUUCGGGUGUAUCAAGUUAUAAUUCUGACUUGAGUAGAAGUCAGUCUGGAUAUACACUUCUGCAGGGUCUGCAGCUUCAAAGACUGCAGCUCCCAUUACAUGCUGGAGGUGCUUCCAAUGUCCCUAUGAAAAGUCAGAUUUCUCAAGCCUCCAAAGGAUUUUCUUCUCAAAAACGCAGCCCAAACUUAAGAGGCUUGUCUUCUACAGAUCCCCAUUCUUUGCCAUACGGCAGUCCACGCGGAAGUAGUGUUGAGUUGAAGAAGUAA